CCCUAACCCUAACCCUAACCCUAACCCUAACCCUAACCCUAACCCUAACCCUAACCCUAACCCUAACCCUAACCCUAACCCUAACCCUAACCCUCUCCUCAUCCACACUUCGAAUUCCCUUCUUCUUCCACGCACGCACACAAAUUUGGGAGAGACGCAUUGCCAAUACACAAUGCAGCGGCGGCCACUCCCUUCACAGCCAUAUCUGUCACAACACAGAAUCCACCAAGGCAUGCCACAGACGCACAUCAAAAGAGAAAGAGUGCUGCCCACGGGAUAUGCAGAACCAACAGACCACACACCCACUCGCACUGCACACACAAGAGGGCGUCGGACCGAUUUCACUCCACACGCAGUGUUGCCCAUUUCAAUACCUCGAUGCUGAAGACCAACGCGUGGAGAGCACAACCAACAAAAACUACAACAACAACAAAAGCAGCAGUGGGCCACAACACCGUCGCACGUCUGCAAAAGCCACGGGGGAUUGA